CAAACACUCCACCUGCUUCAUCCAUGCCUAUUUAAGCAACAUAAACAACCCUCACCAGGCCUAUAUUACACCUCAUCUCAUUUCAUUUCCUCCAUUCUCUGCUUCCAACAUUUCUUCACAUCUUUGGUUUUGAAAUGAAUCAUCAUAACCAAAAACAAGCUCCAGUGGUAUAUCCUCCACCACCCACUUCAUAUCCACCAAGUGAGGUCCAAGGCCGCCAUCAAGGUCCUUUUGUUGCUCCACCUCCAGUUGGUUACCCUAUGAAAAAUGGUCCUGGACAUCCAGAACAGACUCCUCCCGCCCCAUCAAAGACUCAGCAUAGGGGAGGAUUUGGCAGAGGAUGUUGUGCUGGGUUAUGUUGCUGCUGCCUCCUGGAUAUAUGCUUUUGAUGAGGACUGAUUCUUCAUAGUAUUUGUAGCUCCACAACUCUCUUCUAGUGGUUGUGGGAGAUUCUCAUUGUUUAUUGUUUUUGUUUAUCUGAUUUAUUAUUUUGAUUCUUUUCAUCAUAAUAAUAACAAUACAAAUUUUAUGCUA